AUGCCACUGCAAGUGAUCGUUGUUGGCGCAGGCCUGGCUGGUCUGGGCGCUGCCAUUGCCCUCAACCGUGCGGGCCACAAUAUCCAAGUUCUCGAACAAUCCAGUUUUCGCAAUGAAGUAGGCGCAGCCAUUCACGUCGCACCCAACGCUACACGGAUCUUGAAGGAAUGGGGUUGUAAUUUGAACGGCCUAUAUCCUGUACAAUGCAACCGUCUACAGGUCUGGGAUUCGGAGGGAAAUCUCCUUUUGACCCCUGUUGUGACGAAAGACCUCCACCGGAAAUUGAAUACCACAGAUGACUGGCUUCUGACCCAUCGUGUGGAUCUCCACAAUGUUCUGCGCGCUGCUGCAGCUCAGGAAGUGGAUGGCCGAAAGGUUGACAUUCGCCUUUCAUCGCGCGUGGUCUCUGUCGAUUCCGAGGCUGGAAUUGUCACACUAGAGGAUGGAACCAUCUACAAGGGCGAUUUGAUUGUGGGAGCAGAUGGAGUGCAUUCCCGAUCUCUGCGUGCUAUUGUCGGACAGGAGCACAGAAAAGAAAGCACAGGACAAAAUUGUUUCCGGUUCCUCGUUCCCAUGUCAAAGGCCCAGGCAAAUCCCUUGACUGCGGCACUGUUGCAAAAGACCGGCGUGGAUGGGGUCCACGCUUUCGUCAGUCCAGAUCGCCGCCUCGUCGUCUACCCUUGCCGCGAGGGUGAUCUUCUCAACGUUGUUGCAAUUCACCCUACGGGUCCUGAAGAGGUCAAAGAGGCAUCCUGGCUCGACUCGGGCAAUCUCGAUCAGCUCCUGGAGACUUAUUCUUCAUUUGGACCAGAGCUCCAAGAACUCUGCCGCAUGGCUGAGGACCUCAAACUUUGGAGCUUGGCGUCACGCUCCCCGCCAACCACUUUCGUCCAGGGCAAGCUUGCCUUGGUAGGCGAUGCAGCGCAUCCAACACUUCCUCACCAAGGACAAGGUGGCGCGCAGGCAUUUGAGGAUGGAGCUGCAUUGGGCGGUGUGUUGCCAGCCGACACUACACUGGACCAGGUUCCUCAGCGCUUGUCUCUAUACGACAAAGUCCGUUAUGACCGAGCAGUGACAGUUAUGAUGAUGUCCAAGACGCACGACGAACGACGAGCCGAGACGUUGGACGAGCUGCGGAAGUAUGUUCCCAAAGCAGAAAUGCCUCCCGACAUGUUUUCCUUCACCUGGCCUUCGUGUCCAGGCCGGGAUGCCAAGCGUCUGCUUGAAGCGCAGGUCUAG